AUGAGUGACGACGAGGCCGACCAGGAAUUGCUGGAGCUGCUGCGUCAAAGCCUAGGAAUCUCGAAGACCGCCUCUGACGAGGUCUCCCAGGACACCGGUGUCCUGCACGACGCCGAAUACGUCUACGCCAACGCCAUCGAUGUAUCCAUCGACAUGUAUGGCACCAAAGCCGCAGCUGCGAGUCUGUACUCGACGAUGCAACAACGCGGCUACUCUACACAAGCGUGGGCUCAGCACGAUCUGCAUCCAACACUGGAUCAAGGCUUUUCGGAGGUCGACAUCGUGAACUUCAUCUUCACCAUGGAUCUGCUCAACUUCUCAUUCUGGUCAGAGCUACCUGAGAACGAGCGAUAUCAAGUGGAGUACCAGGGCAAACGACGGACCGGCUACAAAAGCCUGGUGGCUUGCUUGCGGCGAGCACUUGAUGAGGGUAUCCCAAUUACGACACCACGGUACUGGAACGAUCAGGCAUGCUCCGACGACGUCUUGAAGUACGUCUUCCGCAGCGCUACUGAUGAGCAGAUUCCACUAUUGAGCGAACGAAUAGCAAUGCUUGGGGAGGCUGGAAACGUUCUGCAAGAAAGUUUCGGAGAAUCGAAAGGAGACGGUGAGAAUGGGCCGUUGAGCAGCGAGGCAAGGGAAGACCAGCUUGCAGCGUCCAGCAACCGCCUACAAGCAAGAGAGGACGACGCACCGGUCGAAGCUCCAACGUCUGGAUCUGACAAUUAUCGAGUCAACCUAGGCAGUCCCGUUGCAAAGGAGCAGCCAUUAGAUCCAGAGCUUCAUGAAUCUGCAGCAAUCGCAGGAGUGAAAGAGGACGAGGAACAUGCGGCGAAGCCAUCGCCAGCAUCCAGGCAGCCGGAUCUCAGCGUUGUGCGUCUGGUCGAGAAAGCAGACCAUUGCGCAGGAAAAUUGGUGAACCUCCUAGCAAAACAUUUCCCUUCCUUCCGUGAUGAGACGCGCUUCGAGGGGAAACGCGUCCGCUUCCUCAAACGCGCACAGAUAUUCGUCGCAGACGUUUGGGCGGCGUUCAAUGGAGCCGGUUACGGGGAGUUCGAGGAUAUCGAUCAUUUGACCAUGUUCGCGGACUACCGUGUCCCACAAAUGCUUCGUUCAAUCGGGGUCCUGGUGUACAGCCCGCCGCUUCACUACCACAUCAGCACUCUGAAGCAGAUACCCUCUGGCCAUAGUUGGGAAGUCCAGCUUCGAGGGUGCAGCAUCUGGUACAUGCUCCAACCAUACCAGUGA